AUGAGUGUUUCUCAUAGUACAUGGCAUGUGGUUUUAAUGCCAUAUAACUUGCCACCAUGGAUGUGCUUGAAACAACCUUAUUUUAGGCUAUCAUUGCUUAUACUUGGACCCUCUGCUCCUGGAAAUAACGUAGAUGUCUAUUUAGAACCUUUAGAAGAGGAGUUAAAGGAGUUAUGGGAUGUUGGAGUGAACACUUAUGAUGCAUCAACCAAGAAUAACUUUCAAAUGCAUGCCUCUUUGUUGUGGACCAUAAGUGACUUUCCAGCUUAUGCUAAUUUAUCUGGGUGGAGCACUAAAGGUCAACUAGCAUGUCCUUGUUGCCAUAAGCAUACAAAAUCACGACGAUUAGAGCAUGGGAGAAAAUACUAUUACAUGGGGCAUCGUCGAUUUUUGCCAAAAAGACAUGUUUUUUGGAGAGACAAUAAAUCUUUUGAUGGCACUGAAGAACAUGAAAGGCCGCCACGCCGCCUAACAGGGUCUGAUAUACUUGAUGAGUUAAAUGGGUACGAAAUUAAAUUUGGGAAACUAGUGAAGGAUAAUCCAAAUCUUCCAUUUAACUGGAAGAAGAGAAGUAUUUUAUUUGAGUUACCAUACUGGAAAGAUAAUUUGCUAUGCCACAAUCUUGAUGUGAUGCAUAUAGAAAAAAAAAAUGUUUGUUAUAGUGUGAUUGGCACCUUGAUGAAUUUGGAUGGAAAGACUAAAGAUCAUAUAAAGGCACGUCUUGAUUUACAAGAAAUGGGUAUUAGACCUGCACUUCAUCAUAAAGCUUACGAUAACGAUAAAGUGUACCUGCCUCCAGCUUGUUUCUCAAUGGAUAAGAAGGAGAAGGAAAUAUUUUGUAAUGUCUUAAAAAAGGUGAAAGUKYCGGAUGGAUAUGCAUCUARCAUAUCAAGAUGCRUGCAAUUAUGCUCAAAAGUUCUUAGACCUCAAGAUUUGGUUGAACUUGAAAACGAGAUCGGAGAAACUCUUUGCGAUCGAGCAAGGAUUUUCCCACCAUCGUUCUUUGAUGUCAUGGUUCAUCUUUCAGUUCACCUUGCGUCAGAGGCCAAAAUAGGCGGUCCAGUUCAUUACCGUUGGAUGUAUCCAAUCGAGAGGUAUUUGUCCACACUGAAAUCUUAUGUUCGAAAUAAAAGUAAAGUCGAGGGUUCGCCUGCAGAAGGAUAUCUAGCUGAAGAGUGUCUUUCUUUUUGUUCAUUGUACUUAUAUGAUGAUAUUGGGUCUAGACAUAAUAGGACAAGUCGAAAUUAUGAUGAUGGUGGUUGUCGGGGUGUUUUACCUCUUUUCUCGAUGUCGGGUCAUUCCGUGGGGGCUAUAGAGACACAAACACUGGACCUUGAAACUUUGGCUGAAGCACACUCAUAUGUGUUGUUUAAUUGCAACAAAGUCGAUGAAUUCAUCACUGAACAUCUAAAUAUUGUUCGUGAUCAAAAUCGACAAUUACGUGAGCAAGAAUUGCAGCGUAUUUAUGGUAAAACUUUUGCAUUAUGGUUCCAAAAUCAUGUUGAAGAAUUGCAUACUUUAGAGGAUCAAAGAAUCACAGAGGAACUAAGGGCCUUGGCAGGUGGCCCUAUUGAGGGCAUUUUUGAAGCUGUAAAUGAGUUGACACCAUAUGCAGAGCAUAGACAAUGGGCAAGACACAUAUAUGCUAAUUUUCGUAAAAGGUUUAACGAUGUUGACUACAGAAACAUUUUUCAGGCAUCAGCUACGUCCACUUUUUGA